AUGGAGGGCAGCAGCGGAGCAUACGGUGGCAACGGGGAGGCGUGGCGCGGCGCGGUGUCGCCGGCAGCGCGGUACGCGGAGUCCGGCGGCGCAAGCCUGACGUGGGAGAACCUCACGGCGGUGCUGCCGGGCGGCGGCGGCCGGGCGACCAAGAAGCUGGUGCAGGGGUUGUACGGCUACGCCGUGCCCGGCCGCGUCGUCGCCAUCAUGGGGCCUUCCGGCUCCGGCAAGUCCACACUCCUCGACUCCCUCUCCGGGAGGCUGGCAAGGAACGUGGUCCUCACUGGGAAGGUGCUGCUCAACGGCAAGAAGAGGCGGCUGGAUUAUGGCAUCGUGGCAUAUGUGACCCAAGAGAACGUGAUGCUGGGUACACUGACAGUGCGUGAGACGGUGACCUACUCGGCCCUCCUCCGGCUGCCAUCAAGCAUGCACAAGUCAGAGGUGCGCCGCAUCGUGGACGGCACACUGGAUGAGAUGGGCCUCCGGGAGUGUGCCGACCGUCACAUCGGAACCUGGCACCUCCGCGGCAUCAGUGGUGGCGAGAAGAAACGCCUAAGCAUCGCGCUGGAGAUCCUUACUCGCCCGCGUCUCCUUUUCCUCGAUGAACCCACCAGUGGCCUUGACAGUGCCGCUGCCUUUUCUGUUGUCCAGACGCUGCGGCAUCUCGCCGUUGAUGGUGGCCGCACCAUCAUCUCCUCCGUGCACCAGCCCAGCAGUGAGGUAUUUGCACUCUUUGACGACCUCUGCCUCCUCUCCAGUGGGGAAUGUGUCUACUUCGGUGACGCCAAGCUAGCAACACAGUUCUUUGCGGAAACAGGGUUCCCAUGUCCCAGCCGGAGGAAUCCAUCUGACCAUUUCCUCCGGUGUGUCAACUCAGACUUUGAUGACGUUGCUGCCACCAUGAAAGGAUCCAUGAAGCUGCGACCAGAGGCAGAGCUUGAUCCCCUGUUGAAGUACUCUACCACAGAGAUCAGGGAACGGCUGGUGGACAAGUACAGGAUCUCAGAUUAUGCCAUGAUGGUUAGGAGCACAAUACACGAGAUAACCAAGAUUGAGGGUGUGAUGGUGGAGGUGAUCCGUGGCAGCCAGGCGAGCUGGUUCAAGCAGCUCUGCACGCUGACAAGCCGGUCUUUUACCAACAUGUCCCGCGACUUGAACUACUACUGGCUGCGCAUCAUCAUUUACAUCAUCAUGGCCAUCUGCCUGGGAACCAUAUACUACGAUGUGGGCACAAGCUACUCGGCCAUACAGGCGCGCGCCUCGUGUGGUGGCUUCGUGUCCGGCUUCAUGACCUUCAUGUCCAUCGGUGGCUUCCCAUCCUUCAUUGAGGAGAUGAAAGUGUUCACCCUUGAGCGCCAGAAUGGCCACUAUGGUGUUGCCGCCUACAUCAUCUCCAAUUUCAUCUCCUCCAUGCCAUUCUUGCUCACCGUGUCCUGUGCUAGCGCUUCCAUCACAUACUGGAUGGUCAAGUACCGGUCAGGCUUCAGCUACUUCGCCUUCUUCGCCCUCAACCUCUAUGGUGGCGUCUCUGUCAUUGAGAGCCUCAUGAUGAUCAUCUCCGCCCUCGUGCCAAACUUCCUCAUGGGCCUCAUCCUUGGUGCUGGUGUCAUUGGGAUCAUGAUGUUGACGUCCGGAUUCUUCCGACUGCUUCCGGAACUUCCGAAGAUCUUCUGGCGGUAUCCAGUGUCCUACAUAGUCUAUGGGUCAUGGGGAUUGAAGGGCGGGUACAAGAACGACCUGAUUGGGCUGGAGUUCGAGCCAAUGGUGCCAGGGCAGCCAAAACUGACAGGAGAAUACAUCAUCACCGAGAUGAUGGGGCUGAGCCUGAAUCACUCCAAGUGGUUGGACCUCGCCAUGAUCUUCGUUCUCCUCUUUGCCUACCGCCUCACCUUCUUCAUCGUGCUAAAGGUCAAGGAGGCUGCUGCGCCAUACAUCCGUGUCGCCUACACACGCUUCACUGUCAAGCGUCUUGAGCGGCGUGCCUCCUUCAGGAAGACGCUGGCCAUGACGUCUAUGUCCAAGCGGCACAACCCGCCGCACCCCAUGGCCAUCCAGGAGGGCCUCAACUCGCCCAUGCCAUACUGA